UGUCACAAAAGCAUGUCGGGAAAUUCACUACCCGCAAAACAUUGUGGGAUAUGUAGUUCUUUUAUGAAUAACGGAUUAAGCGGUCUCGUGUUGUCGUUGCAUUUUCUAAAGUCCCCGUGAUAAUUCAGGAAGGGACUGCCGCCUGCAUGGCUGUGAUCCCAUUUGUAUGUGCGUUUAUAUGUGUGUGAGGUAGAGCAAAGGCGCUGAGCCGGCGCUCCGGGCCUUUCCUUGAGGUCCUUCCCGUGCCAUUAGGGUUAGAGGUCGCCGCGAGGGAGGCUGGAAACAGAAAACGUGCGCUCCAUUCUGGCGCCAGCGCUUGAGCGGGGAAGAACGGACGGGUCGCUGUGAGGGCCACUCGGCGUGGUGGAGGGAGCAACGCGCUCUCAGCUAUGUCCUACUGCAGGCAAGAAGGAAAGGACAGAAUAAUAUUUGUGACCAAAGAGGACCAUGAGACACCAAGCAGUGCUGAACUGGUAGCAGAUGAUCCCAAUGACCCUUAUGAGGAUCAAGGUUUGAUAUUGCCCAAUGGAGAUAUCAACUGGAAUUGUCCUUGUCUCGGUGGAAUGGCUAGUGGCCCUUGUGGGGAACAAUUCAAGUCAGCCUUUUCCUGCUUCCAUUAUAGCAAGGAAGAUAUAAAGGGGUCAGAUUGUGUGGACCAGUUUCGUGCAAUGCAGGAAUGCAUGCAGAAGUACCCGGAUCUCUACCCUCAAGAGGAAGAUGAUGACGAAGAAGAAGAAAAGCAGAACAAAGAUUUAAAAACUACUCCUUCUGUAGCUAAAGUGGAGGAGGGAUCUAGCUAAUGAAGCUGCAGGGGGGCUGCGGUCUCCCCUCCAUAUUCAAAAAGACACAUGAACUUAAACACACCGCCUUCUCUUCCCCUCUGCUCUUCCUUUCUCACCCCACUUCCCUCCUGAUUCUUUAAGGAAUGCCUCUUCAUCUCCGUUCUGCACACUGCCUUGUGAAAUGGAGGACAAAACUCAGCCAUUGGUCUUACUGAGUAAAUGCUGUAGAGAGGUCAAGCAUGCCUACCCAUUGUGAAGCCACUGAUUUAACUCUUGUUUUCUACUCCAGUCAUGCUCAUCUUGCAGCUUUUCUUGUACAAGAUUAGUCGAGACAAUCUACAGGAGGGUUAGGAGAGAAUCUGUUGUUAUGAAUGUAGGGUGAAUGUUUGAUUUCAUUAAAUUUCGAUCAUUAACUGUUUUGUGUGUGCUCUAUACUAAAAUCAGUAUAAAACCCUUUCUUAACAGCACCAGAGUCAUACAGUGCAGAGCAGAGGUGAAGUUUUCAGUGGAACAAUCGGUGCUUCAGUGAUGUAUGCAGUUUGCAUAAACUACUGAUUCCUGGUAAUAGAAAGAUAGUGUUGGGAUGGGGGGAAAGCCAGAUUUUUGCUAUUUUUAAAAAAUAAUCUGUGUUAAUCAGCUCCUGAUGUAACUGAAUUGACAAGAAAAUAUUAAUGUUCCUGGUUUGUGGGGUUCCUUCUAGUCUGUUCCAUCUUCAGAUAGGCGGAUAAAAUAUAUGCCCUUGAUAGGAAAAUUAUAAUGUUACCUGGAGUAACAGCCUGAGUAAACACUGUGAUUACUGUGACUGAGUAGACAUUAAAAAAAGUAAAAUCUU